AUGGCUUCUUUCAUAACAACUAUGUUUGUCCCUCUCCAGUCCCCUCCGCCUGCUCAACCUCUUCCUCCCCACUGCACCUUGAAGCAAUCGACUUCCUCCAUCACAAUCAACAGCUAUGCUCCUCUUGACCCCUUCGAGCCUGCACAUGAUUCGCCUUCGCCUGCUGCACGCAAGCUGCGUGAAGAUCUGAAUGUUGACUAUUCUUCGCCCACUAGCAAUGCGCGAUCACGGAAUCAAUUCAAGCCAGCACGCGCGAAUAAGGGGACAACAAGCUAUCAAUUGAGACAGUUUGCGGAGGCCACACUGGGUAGUGGGAGUUUGCGGAAAGCUGUCAAACUGCCCGAGGGAGAAGAUCUGAACGAAUGGCUGGCUGUCAAUGUGGUCGAUUUCUACAACCAGAUAAACCUUCUCUACGGCUCAAUCACUGAAUUCUGCUCGCCACAAUCAUGCCCCGAAAUGAAAGCUACCGAUGAGUUCGAAUACCUUUGGCAAGACGCCGAAAACUUCAAGCGUCCGACAAAGAUGCCUGCUCCAGAGUAUAUCGAACACUUGAUGAGCUGGGUCCAAGGUAACAUCGACAACGAGCAAACAUUCCCCAGUCGUAUCGGUGUCCCAUUCCCCAAGAGCUUCAGUCAAACAAUCCGCCAGAUUUUCAAGCGGCUCUACCGUGUCUACGCCCAUAUCUACUGCCACCACUACCCUGUCAUUAUCCACCUAGGUCUCGAGCCACAUCUCAACACCAGCUUCAAGCACUACGUCUUGUUCAUCGACGAGCAUGGAUUGGAGAAGGGGGCUGGAAAGGACUUCUGGGGUCCUUUGGGUGAUCUGGUGGAAAGUAUGCUGCGCAGCGAUUGA